UACAUCUGCCUACUAGACAAUGACGCGAUAGACUCGGGUAUAAAACGCUCGGCUGGCCAACUCCAAAGCAUCAGUUCUUCCAGCUGCCUCAACCAACUCUCACAUCUCCAACAUGAAGUUCUUCAUCCUCGCCGCCCUCGUCGCCGUCGCUGCCGCCAACUCUUACAAAGCUCCCGAAUACGCACCCAAAUACGAAGCUAAAUACGAGGAAGUUACUUAUGCCCCACAGCCGUACAGCUUCGAAUACGACGUCCAGGAUAAGGAAUCCUACAACGAUUUCCUCCACUCUGAGAAAUCCGACUACAACGUCGUCACCGGAUCUUACCGCGUUGCUCUCCCCGAUGGCCGCACCCAAAUCGUCACCUACAAGGCCGAUAAGGACGGAUACAACGCCGAUGUGAAAUACGAAGGAGAGGCCAAGUACCCCGAGGAGCCCGCUUACAAGCCCGCAUACAAGCCCGCUGCUUCCUACCCUGCCCCAGCUUACCCCGCUCCCGCUUACCCCGCACCAGCCUACAAGGCUCCCGAGUACAAAGCCCCCGCUCCCGCCUACAAGGCCCCCACCUACUCCGCUCCCGCCUACAAGGCCCCCACUUACUCUGCCCCAGCCUACAAGGCCCCCACUCCGGCCUACAAACCCACGGCCUACAAGCCCGUUCCUGCCUAUCCUAAAUAUUAAAAAUAAUUCCUUUUCCCUUCAAAUAUUUUCCGAGUGAAUGUGGUUUAUGAUGAAAAAUUGAAAGUCAAAGAUAUAUGAUGGCGACUAUAAUCCAUAGUCGUCUCAUUUAUUUAUUAAAUACAAUUCGACAAUUUAAAACAAAAA